AAUCGCCGGCAGCCUAUGACAUCAGCCAGGAACGCCUGGGAUGCCGCCGCUCCUGGCCAACCUCCGAGGAGGAGGAGGGUCCCGCCGGCUAAGAGUUAAUUAGCCCCGCACUGCGAGGGGGGAGGCGCCAGUUUUCUGGGGACACUGGCUGCCACUGUACUCCUACCCAGGGGAGCUCACGGAGAGUUGGAUGAAUUCUGGGUUGUUAGCUGCGGUCAGCUGGGCUCCCGGGAGCCUGUUGCUGGUGGAGAACAGGGGGCGCCUGGCCAAGGGACCAGCGGCUUGCUGAGACUCAACAUGACACUCCUGGGGUCUGAGCAUUCCUUGCUGAUUAGGAGCAAGUUCAGAUCAGUUUUACAGUUAAGACUUCAACAAAGAAGGACUCAGGAACAACUGGCUAACCAAGGCUUAAUACCACCACUGAAACGUCCAGCUGAAUUCCAUGAGCAAAGAAAACAUUUGGAGAGCGACAAGGCUAAAAAUUCCCUGAAGCGCAAAGCCAGAAACAGGUGCAACAGUGCCAACUUGGUUAAUAUGCACAUACUCCAAGCUUCCACUGCAGAGAGGUCCAUUCCAACUGCUCAGAUGAAGCUGAAAAGAGCCCGACUCGCCGAUGAUCUCAAUGAAAAAAUUGCUCUACGACCAGGGCCACUGGAGCUGGUGGAAAAAAACAUUCUUCCUGUGGAUUCUGCUGUGAAAGAGGCCAUAAAAGGUAACCAGGUGAGUUUCUCCAAAUCCACGGACGCUUUUGCUUUUGAAGAGGACAGCAGCAGUGAUGGGCUUUCUCCAGAUCAGACUCGAAGUGAAGACCCCCAGAACUCAGCGGGAUCCCCGCCAGACGAUAAAGCCUCAGAGACCCCUUCGACAGGUUCUCUGGGGACAAACCAGGAUCUUGCUUCUGGCUCAGAAAAUGACAGAAAUGACUCAGCCUCACAGCCCAGCCACCAGUCAGAUGCGGGGAAGCAGGGGCUUGGCCCCCCCAGCACCCCCAUAGCCGUGCAUGCUGCUGUAAAGUCCAAAUCCUUGGGUGACAGUAAGAACCGCCACAAAAAGCCCAAGGACCCCAAGCCAAAGGUGAAGAAGCUGAAAUAUCACCAGUACAUUCCCCCAGACCAGAAGGCAGAGAAGUCCCCUCCACCGAUGGACUCAGCCUACGCUCGGCUGCUACAGCAACAGCAGCUGUUCCUGCAGCUCCAAAUCCUCAGCCAGCAGCAGCAGCAGCACCGAUUCAGCUACCCAGGGAUGCACCAAGCUCAGCUUAAAGAACCAAAUGAACAGAUGGUCAGAAAUCCAAACUCUUCUUCAACGCCACUGAGCAAUACCCCCUUGUCUCCUGUCAAGAACAGUUUUUCUGGACAAACUGGUGUCUCUUCUUUCAAACCUGGCCCACUCCCGUCUAACCUGGAUGAUCUGAAGGUAUAGCAAAUGACCCGGAGUCAGCAGAUGGAUGAACUCCUGGACGUGCUUAUUGAAAGUGGAGAAAUGCCAGCAGACGCUAGAGAGGAUCACUCAUGUCUUCAGAAAGUCCCAAAGAUACCCAGAUCUUCCCGAAGUCCAACUGCUGUCCUCCCCAAGCCCGCGGCUUCCUUUGAACAAGCCUCUUCAGGCAGCCAGAUCCCCUUUGAUCCCUAUGCCACCGACAGUGAUGAGCACCUUGAAGUCUUAUUAAAUUCCCAGAGCCCCCUAGGAAAGGUGAGUGAUGUCACCCUUCUAAAAAUUGGGAGCGAGGAACCUCAUUUUGAUGGGAUAAUGGAUGGAUUCUCUGGGAAGGCUGCAGAAGACCUCUUCAAUGCACAUGAGAUAUUGCCAGGCCCCCUCUCUCCGAUGCAGACACAGUUUUCACCCUCUUCUGUGGACAGCAGUGGGCUGCAGUUAAGCUUCACUGAAUCUCCUUGGGAAACCAUGGAGUGGCUGGACCUCACUCCUCCAAGUUCCACACCAGGCUUUAGCGCCCUCACCACCAGCAGUCCCAGCAUCUUCAACAUCGAUUUCCUGGAUGUCACUGAUCUCAAUUUGAGUUCUUCCAUGGACCUUCACUUACAGCAGUGGUAG